AUGUGCAAUUAUCUUCUAAUUUAAGUGAUGAUUACAGAUUUAAAUUACUAUUAUAAAUAUUAAGUGUUGAUUCCUCUGUUAAAGAAGCAAAAUGUGUUUGAUUAAAUUAGAUUGACUUUGAAGUAAAACCUUAAUAAAUAAAUAAUAAAUACCAUAGUUAGACUUGGAAAGAAUAGUUUCAAAAGUGUUAUAGACUAAAACAUUAGGAGGGCAGUUCUAACAAAAAUAGGACAAGUUUUUUCCACUGAAUAAAACAUCCAUUGGAAGUAUAUAAUUCUCUUCUUCUGUAGGAUAUAUGUUCAUUUAAUUGAUUCUGAUUUCACAUGCUUACAAAAUGAUGAUCAAUAAUAGUAGUAAAAUACACAUAAAUCUGAUAUAAAUAUAAUAAUUUUAAAAAUUAACACAUGUAAAUUAAGCUCCCUUUAGAUUAACGAAAAACAUAGAAAAAAAGAAAAAGAAAUUUAUUGA